GACAUGCACCUUUAGCUUUGGUUUGCCAAGGGACAGACGUUAACGUGCAUGCAGAUGACUUCAUGCUGUUUGUUUCCCGAGCUCGACAAUUGAUAAACAGUCUCUGUUUACAUCCUUUCUUUAUCCAAACUGUGAAUGUUUGGAACAGCUGGUCACAGUAAAGAGCGACGCACACGCCUGCACGUUUAAAGAUGUCUGUAACGGAGAUGUUUAGCUAUAUCCAAGGAUUUUUGAGUGCCGAUCAAGAUAUUCGAGAGGACAUAAGAAAAGUUGUCCAAGUUCUGGAGCAGACAGCGAGAGAGAUCCUCACUGUUCUUCAAAGUGUCCAUCAACCCAGUGGUUUCAAAGACAUUCCCAGCAAGUGUCUAAAGGCCAGAGAGCUGUUCUGCACUGUAAGAAACCACACUGGAGAGCUGAAAACUAAGUUCCCUGUUGAACAGUAUUAUCGGUAUCAUGAACACUGGAGAUUUGUUCUUCAACGACUUGCCUUCCUUGCUGCUUUUGUGGUGUACCUGGAAAGUGAGUCCUUGGUUACACGCGAGGACGUGGCAGAAAUACUUGGCAUUGAAGUCAACAGAGAAAAAGGGUUUCAUUUGGAUGUGGAAGACUAUCUAGCUGGAGUUCUUAUUUUGGCCAGUGAGCUGUCUAGGCUGGCAGUUAACAGCGUGACCGCAGGGGACUAUGUACGUCCGCUAAGGAUCUCAAACUUCAUCAAUGAACUUGACUAUGGCUUUCGGUUGCUCAACUUGAAAAAUGACCCUCUUCGCAAGCGCUACGAUGGGCUCAAGUACGAUCUGAAGAAGAUUGAGGAGGUGGUAUACGAUCUUUCCAUCCGAGGCCUUGCCAAGGAGCUGGAGGCUGGAGGAGAUAAGUAGAGGCAGUGGGAAAGCAAGAGGCCGUGGGGCACUACCCUGGCUGGGAUUCUUCAUUACUGCAAGAGUGGUUAAAACCUGUCAGCGUUUAGGUGGUCGGAGGAAGAGGGGAGGGGAUGGAGGUUUUGAAGCCCCAGCAGCUUUGGGCGGUGUCUUUUAAACCACUUGCCCAUCAUGACAGAGAUCAGUUCAGGUUUUAGUGGGGAGAUCUUCUCUUUCUCACUUAUGUUGAGAGAUGUUUAUGUAUCAGAUGCAUUUGUUUGCCCGUUUUUUGACUGGAUGCUUUUUUACUAUUAUUGAUUUGUUUUUAUCAGCUGUCUCUCUUGUGAAUCAUUGUACAGUCAACCAAGAAGGAAGAAAACAUUUCUGGGUGUUUUCAUAAAACAUUUAAAAAUACAGUUAAAAACAAAAGUUCUGUGCCUGUUUUGUGGCUUGUUCAGUCGAGACAUCAAGACGUUUUCUUGAUGUUGAACUAAGUAAAUAUUAUAUUAGACAUAACCUAUGCUUAUUGAUUCACCUUUCUUGAAUGUAACUAUGAUUAAAUCACAUUAUUAGUAUCUUGAAGAUAAAAUGAAUACAUUUAUGCCAAAACAUUUAGUUUCAUACUGCAAAUACAUAUGGAAUCAGUAAAUCAUCUAGUGUUUU